AUCUACACAGCCUGGGGGGGGGGUCGUUCUUAACUGCGUGUUCACGGGGUUCCACGCGCGGGGUGGGUGUAGUUCUUAUCCCAGGGGUCAACAGACAGCGGUUUGCCUGGUGCUUUGCCAACCCAGGUGUUGCCUUGAGCAGCUGCCCUGAUUGCGCAACCCUUUUCUGCAGAACGGCCCUCCUGAGGCUGUGGAAAUAGUGCCCAGCCCCAACCGGGAGAUGGCAUCACAUCCUGUGGUCUAAGGAAGCGGCCCUCAAGGCCGAAUCACACCCACUUCUCCACCCUCCCCAAAUGACAGCAGCCUCAGGCCUUUGAUGCAAGCGCCGCCCCCCCAUACCUGGGCCAAGAUGUCCAUGGUCAAUGGGGGGGGGGCUUGUACUGACAUCUGGGAAAGCUGCUCUGCUCAGGCAAAAAGAAGCCCCCACCUCCUCCAAAUAACAGACGCAGCCUCCACUGCUCUUUUGGCCUGUUGACUUCCAGCUUUGCUUAACGGGGAGUUUUGGGGGCUACCUUGCACCCUUGAGUUUUCCUUGCUUUCAUUUCUUGUUACAGCCCCAUGAAAACACCCCCCCCCCCCCCCCAAAAAAACCAGCUGCCACAUGGGAUGCAUCUACAGGCUUCCUGAAGAGAGAGAGAGAAAAGGAACCCCCUCCCCAACCUCCAGGCCCUGAGGACUCCUCACUGGAUCCCAACUGAAAGGGGAGGCAGCAAACAGGAUGCCCGACUGUGUUUCCAUAUAGCACGGCCUCAGGCAGUGGGACUCGCAUCCUGGACCCUUCUGGAGACAAAUACUACUACUGGCUGAUCCUGAUGGUGCCCCCCAUCCUUUACAACUGGGUCAUCCUCAUCUGCAGGUUCUGCUUCCCUGAACUGCAGCAGAGGUACCUGCUGCUCUGGCUGGCCUUGGACUACCUCUGCGACCUGCUCUACCUGUUGGACAUUGUGGUGCAUUUCCAUACAGGCUUCCUGGAAGAAGGGUCCCUGAUUCAAGACCGUGCCCAGAUCUCCCGAAGGUACCUGUGUUCCUCGUCCUUCCUGUGGGACUUCCUUUCUGUGCUGCCCACUGACCUCCUCUACCUGUACGUGGGGCUGGACAGGCCAGCGGUCCGAGCCAACCGCUUUCUGCGGAGCCCCCGCUUGUUUGAGGCCUUUGAUCGCAUCGAGACACGUACAGCGCACCCCAACUCCUUCCGCAUCUCCAAGCUGAUGCUCUACAUCUUCGUCACCAUCCACUGGAACAGCUGUGUCUACUUUGCGCUCUCCGACUUCAUCGGCUUUGGCACGGACGAGUGGGUCUACCCCAACAGCAGCCUGCCCGGCUUCGACCGGCUCCUUCGCCAGUACCUCUACAGCUUCUACUUCUCCACCCUCAUCCUGACCACGGUGGGCGAUACCCCCAUGCCCCAGCGGGAGGAGGAGUUCCUCUUCAUGGCCAUCGACUUCCUCCUGGCCGUCAUGGGCUUUGCCACCAUCAUGGGGAGCAUGUCGUCCGUCAUCUCCAACAUGAACCACGCUGACAAGUCCUUCUACCCCAAUUACGACCUAGUGAAGGACUACCUGCACUCCCAGCAGAUCAGCCGGCAGCUGCAGCACCGGGUGGUUGACUGGCAGCAGCACCUGCAGAUGAAUAAGAAGAUGACCAACGAGCUGCAGAUCCUCCAGCACCUGCCCGAGCGCCUGCGAGCCGAGGUGGCCAUCAGCGUCCACCUGCCCACCCUUCGCAAGGUCCAGAUCUUCCAGAACUGCGAGCAGAGCCUGUUGGAGGAGCUGGUGCUCAAGCUGAAGCCACAGGUCUACAGCCCCGGGGAGUAUGUGUGCCGGAAGGGGGACAUCGGCCGGGAGAUGUACUUCAUCCGCGAAGGGCAGCUGGCCGUGGUGGCGGACGAUGGUGUGACCCAGUAUGCUGUGCUGGGGGAGGGGCUGUACUUUGGAGAGAUCAGCAUCAUCAGCAUCAAAGGGAACCAAUCCGGGAACCGCCGUACGGCCAACAUCAAAAGCAUCGGCUACUCGGACCUCUUCUGCCUCUCCAAGGAGGACCUCAAGGAGGUGCUGGCCGAGUUCCCCAAUGCCAAGGCGGUGAUGGAGGCCAAGGGCCGGGAGAUCCUGCUCAAGAUGAACAAGCUGGACAUCAAUGCCGAGGCAGCCGAGAUUGCCAAGCAGGAGGAGGAGGAGCGACGGACGGCAGCCCUGGAGGACGGGCUGGACGCCCUGCAGACGAAACUGGCCCGUGUCCUGGCAGGGCUGGAGUCCAGCGCCUUCAAGAUCGCCCUGCGCCUGGAGCGCCUGGAGUGGCAGGUGCAGGUUUGGGGGGAAGGGGAGGGGAAUGGGGAUGGCGCAGAGGAGGGGACCGAGGCUUAGGUGUCCCCCUGCGCCCUUUCACCAGCUGGCCUUGGGGCUGCAGCUUCUGCUGGGGGAUGAGCCGUUUUUAGGGAAGAGCCUUCCUGGAUCUGGAGUCUUCCACUUCAGAUGCAGGGGGCAGGAAGGGAGGCUAGCUGGAAAAGGAACCCAGAGCAACGUUCCCUGGGUGCAGGCUGUGUUGGUGGGGGGUGGGAUCCUGACCCAUCAACCACAUCCUCCCUCCCUUCCUCCCUCCCUCCCUCCCUGUUUUUCUGAGUGUGGGGUGGGGACAGAGUCGCCCCAGGGCUCCUGUAUGGGGUCUUGGAGAGGGGCAGCCAAUGAAGGUGCCUGCAGCCUCAGGGCCUUGGUAGACUCAUGUAAUGUAAGGCUCACAAGGGGCCUUGGAGGUCAGCUAGAGGGUGACAUUCCCGAUAGACAGCCUCUCUUCAAAGGGGAGUCCACCAGCCCCAGAGCCGCCCUCGUCCACCGUCCUGACUGUGAUCAGCUGCCAUUGUUUGUCUUUCUUCUGGACCAACCGCAAAGAAUUCCUCCCAUUCGCUCUAGGACAGCCCUCAAAUACACACACACACACACACACACACACACAGGUCUCCAGCCCUUCUGGGCCCUGGUCACUUUCCCUGCUCCCCCCUGUGGGGGCUCUGGACAGAGGAAGAUGGAGGUCAGAAGUCCAGAGAGCCAUCUGCGGGCCCUGCACCUCAGCAGCCCUCGGCCACCUCAGGCGGCUUUCUGGUAUUUUAAUUGGCCUUAUUUCUCUUUCCCUUUCAUAUGUUUUGCUAGCAACUUGCCAUAAGCCUUAACUUUCAAGAAGAAUGUAAAAAAGCCUUUUCUUUGGCCAAAGUGUUUGAUACGUAGUAAAUAAAAUACUUUUGUUUUCUCCUGUCUCCAAGCUUCAACAAACAAAGCACUGUGAAUGUAUCUUUUUUGUGUUGUUGGUCGGGAAGUCGUGUCCGACCCAUCGCGACCCCAUGGACAACGUUCCUCCAGGCCUUCCUGUCCUCUACCAUCCCCUGGAGCCCAUUGAAGCUCACGCCGGCUGCUUCGGUGACUCCAUCCAGCCACCUCAUUCUCUGCCGUCCCCUUCUUCCUUUGCCCUCAAUCGUUCCCAGCAUUCGGCUCUUCUCCAGCGAGUCCGUCCUUCUCCUUAGGUGGCCAAAGGGUUUGAGUUUCAUCUUCAGGAUCUGGCCUUCUCAAGAGCAGCCAGGGUUGAAUGUAUCUUUACCAAUGACCUAUUCCAGUGUUUUUUCCUUUGCAAAUGGUUCUUUUACUUUUAUUCAGAAUACAAUGUUCUUUUCCGUUCUAAUCCUUUCAUAUUAUUAGAUGUCUAAUUUUUCAUAAUAUAACUUGAUAGAUGACUCUUCCUAAUCC